UGGUCGGCCGUUAACUAAAUAAAUAGCUCGCUUUAUGUUUAAAUCACCGACGCUUUGUACACAUUUAUUGAAAAGCAGUGUGUGCAGGUAGUUAGUGGAUUAUUCUAGUAAAACAAUGGAUAAAGGCCUCGUUAUAUUAUCAUAUGUGUUCUUCACAACGGGUGUGGUCACAGCUUCAUACCAAGGAUAUAACUUCACCGACAAAGACAUCAGACUGAUUGGUGGUUACAGCGCAUUGGAAGGACGAGUUGAGAUCAGAAUACAUGGCGUCUGGGGAACAAUGUGUUCUUACGGUUUCGAUAUGAAUGACGCAAAUGUACUGUGUAGAAUGCUGCACAUGGACCUACGUUCUUUAGACUAUUACAUCGACGGAAGAUAUGGGGUCGGACGUGGACCUAUAUUUUAUCUGCAUUGCUCGGGUUCAGAACAAUCGAUAAACAACUGUCCCCGUUCCCAAUACAAUUCGUCCGGAUGCACACACUCCAACGAUAUUGGCCUAAUGUGCGUCGGUUGUCAAAAUGCAACACUAGAAACGUCCCAUGGUCUACUUGAGCACGUUAACAUAACCAACUUCGGUGAUGUAUACAGCGGCUCGUGUAUUCACGGACUAUCUUCACAAGAGUUCAUGUUUACAUGCACCCCAUUAGGCGGAUGGAUUGAACUAAUAAAUCAGUGUACAAAUACAGUCGUACGCAAUAUUCGCCUGACGGGUGACUACUACAUGGAAGGGUUUGUGGAGGUCUCGGUAGGUGACACGUGGCUUCCACUUUGUGGUUAUACGACAAUCAAUCGGAACAUAUAUUAUAUAGACGUUUCAAAGGCAAACAUUGUUUGCUCUAUGAUUGGAAAAAGGUGA